CAACGUCGCAUUUUAAAUCUCAUCAUGCGGUUUUUAUAGGUUAUGUAUUGUGUUAUGGUUAUGUUUCUCACGUGUAAACAGAAGCUGACAGAUAUUUUAAAAUAAGAUGAUUUUUGGCUGAAAACAAGAUGAAAAACAAAUCGGCCAGGCAUAAAGAUGCCAACACUUUUAAGUUCCAAUCUUUUUCCGAAAGAAUUUCAAACAUCGAUGUGGACGUUUUCCACAAAGUCGGGCACGAAUAUGAAACCGAAACGGAGGAAAACGAGUGUUAUUUUUACCAAGCCAUCGACAAGUGGAGCGUUUUAAAUUUGACCGAUGGUUACUCAAAGUUUUGCAGGGAAGUUCAUGUGAGGAACUACAUUACGUUACCACAACUUUUGUUGUCUAAAGAACACGUUAUCCAAACAUUGUUGAAGCAUUUGAAGUUUAAGGAUCCCCUGUUUUUGCAGCCGUUAUUAGAUAUUGUUGUGGCCGUUGCCAAAGACUUACAAAAAGAUUUCUACCAAUAUUACCCAGAAUUUUUGGAAGUUUUAAUAGAAUUAUUGCAAACCAAAGACACUGAACAGUUAGAAUGGACUUUUACUACUCUAGCGUAUUUGUUUAAAAUUUUAUGGAGAUCACUCGUUAAAGAUAUAAACUCGGUGUUUGUUGCUUUGGUACCUUUGCUGUCAGACAGUCAGCCAGAAUAUAUAAACAAUUUUGCGGCAGAGAGUUUUGCUUUUGUCGCUAGAAAAGUCAAGGAUAAAAAAGCUUUUUUGAAGCUUCUACUGAAAGUUGUUAAAAGCAAAAAAGAUGGAGUUUCAGGGUGCGGUAAACUUUUAUAUGAAGUUGUCAAAGGAGUUGAUGGUCAAUUUCACAGCACGGCAACGACUAUGUUGCCAUUUUUGUUGGAAUCACUGUCUGACGAAAAUUUGCCACAAUCCACUUUAUUUGAAAUAUUAGAGCAGUUUAUUGGGAAUGUUGUUUCCAAUAUUCACCCCCAAAAAAGUGACUUACUGUGGGCGGGUUUUGUUAACAUUAUAGAGAGUUUAAAUGACAAAUAUACGGAAAAGAAAGAUAUAAGUGUUUCUGAUAAUAUCAAGUUGAUUUUAAUGCUCCUAGGUCGUAGUAUAGAGAUCAAGAACGGUAAAGUUUUGCAGAAACCUGUAGACAUAGUAAAGAUUUUAGUUAAAUUGUUGGAAAAUAGUGAUUUUCCUCAGGAGGUCACCAAAAAUAUCAUACAAAUCAGCAUUUUAUUGUUACUGUCAAAAAACAUUAAAUUGCCGCAAGAUCAAGCUUCCAGUAUGAUACGAAAAGUUUUACAAUUAAAAGAAAAAUCGCUUUUAUUGUACUACGUUGAUAAUGUUAGUGAUUACUCUUCAUUUGAACCAAUCAUUUUGCCAUCGUUUUUGAAGAGCUGCGUCACCCAAAACUUGGAUAGAGAAUGUUUCCACGUUUUAACUAAAUUAAUAUUGAAAAAAGCCAAGUUAUGUGGAGAUGGAAUCGGUUAUUUUGAUUGGAAUAAAUAUUUGCUGGAUUUUGGGAAUAAACAAUCCAACGCUUUGAUGUACUGUAUUAUUAAGGAUUUCAUAAAAAUUACUGAUCUAAGUAAAAUAAAUUUUGAUGAUCAUUUUUGCGCUUUGGUUUGUUUACCGCAUAUCAACAUAGGGGAAAAGACCGACGCCAUUGAAAUAUUGGAGGAGAAUUUAAAGCUCAUAUUACCAAACUUGACAAACGCGGAAAAUACUAGUACCGUAAAAAAGUUAUUGUUUUUAUUCCUAAAUAAUUUAGAGUGUAUAUCUCACUUAUCAACAUUAACUUUUCUCACUGAAAAUCUGGAUAAAAUAUUGGACAUUUUGCUGCCAUUAUGCACAGAUUUGAACUACAUUUUGAGCUUGAAAGCUGUAGAUUUACUCAUCACAGUUUUAAGGGAAGAACAGUCAGUUAUCACCAUACAAACUCUGAAGAAAAUCAGUGAUGUUUUGGAAGUUAACAUAAAUUCUCCCCAUCACGAGAUAAGACUGCUCACAACUCACAUAUACACGUUUUUCGAGAAUAUACAGGAGUUCCAAUUACGGCACUCGGAUAAUCCUGAAAUUCCCGCGGAAGAUUUUAAAGCCUUCAGCGUGUGCUACAGAAUCGAAUCUGUAGAUCCGCAAGUGCACACUUACAGAGAGCAGGUGCAAAACCUCGAAAAACUCAAUUUCGACAAACCUCAAAUGAUAAUGUGCAACAAAACGGACUUCAAAACGAUACCUUUAAGGUAUUUAUGCGGCUGCACCUACAUCAACUUCCAACUAUUGUGGGAACCCACCAUAAAAGUCAUACAAACCCACGCGCACGGUUUGGAAGUGAACAAAUUUUGGGAUGUUUACGGGACAGAGCUAAAAAACGUCGACCAAAACAUCAAAACCCCUCGUGAAAACGAAAUGGAAGCGAUGGAAACCGAAUGCGAGUUUUUGGCGGAUCUGUACCGAGACUCGCAAAAAUUAACGUCGAAACCUGAUUUCGUGAACCACCGGUUGCUGCUGUGGAAAGCUAUGACGUCAUUUCCGGACGUUGCCGAGGCGAAAACGCGCGACGUUUCCGAGCUGCUGUUGAAAUUUAUCGACACUGAAUAUGCCAAAUCCAACUCGGAAAUGGCGCUUACGUGUAGUAUUAAGGAAAACUCGCCAGUCGAACUGGACGAAACUGUUGAUGACGAGGUUGAAGGUGACGAUGGAAAUAUUAGGAAGAAACUUUUGAAAUCACCGCCUAAAAAUAACGGAAAGGCAAAUUUGAAGGCCUUGCUGCACAUGCUUACAGUGUUCUCGAAAGUAAAAAGCCCGAGAUCGAUGUACAGAGAGCCCGACUUGUACAAACUUUACUUUGACUUGCUGCAACACCGCAACUCCGAAGUGCAAAAAGUCGCGCUCGAUUGCUUGAUGACGUACAAGUUUAAGUAUUUAACGCCGUACAAAGACAACCUGUACAAUCUCGUGGACGAUAGGAACUUCAAAAACGAAAUCACCGCGUUCAAAAUCGACAAAGACAGUUCGUUAGUGCUGCCGGAGCACCGCGAUGAUUUAAUCCCCAUCGUGAUGCAGGUUGUCUUCAGCAAGAUGCACGUUAAAACCGGCGGAAAAGCUUCCGGCCAAGGUAGGAGGAGCUCGGUGUUCCGGUUUUUAGCCGGAUGUCGCGAGAAGGAAAUGCUGAGUUUCGCGAAGAAGUCCUUCAGAUCUUAUUCGCGUUACUUGAAGGGAAAUGCGGUGGAUACAUCGAGGGGUGUGUUGGAGAGCAUCGAUUUGGAGAAAUUCGUGCCGCCAAAAAAGCUGCAGAGUUCUCUAAACUUGCUCAACGUCGUUUUGGAGCAAUUCGGCGGGCUCAUGGGAGAUGAAAUUCUCGCUUUUCUUUUGGAUGUUUUACUCGUUGUGGGUUCUCUCGUUAAAGGGGCUUUUGAUUGGCAUUCAGACAUCCACGUGGGUUAUUUACCUGCUUUAAGAAACGUCAGAACUACGUCCAUCAAAAUACUUGAUAGGUUCUUCGAGCAUUUUGAUACAUUCCCCUGGACGUCGCCACAAAUUAACACCAUUUUCGAUGUUUUCGUUUGGCCGUACUUGGAGAAACUCAACGUGGAAGGCAUACACAGCCCCACUUCUCUGCUGAAGUUGUUUUGUCAAUGGGGGUCGAAUCCGCGAUAUUUCUGUCUCCUUGUUAAACACCACGACGAUAAUAAGGAUCAAUAUAUUCUACCGCAUGUAGUUAACCUUCUGGUGAACGAAAAAUCGCACUGUUCCGUCGUCAACACUAUCCUCGAGAUGGUGGAGAAGUUGUUGAGUCUUCAACCCGACGAUGAUCAACUAAAACUCCCAGUGGACAAUCUUCUACCCAUCUCGAAGGAAAUUCUUGAUAGAAUUAAAGUCGACGGCAAUCUCAACUACGGUAGUUGUGUUUUACUUCCGCACGUUCCUUUGAUACUGCAAAAAAUCCGCGGGAAAUUGGAGGGUAAAAAUAAGAACCUCAGCACGAGAGAAUUGUUCAUCCUCUCCAGGAUAUCCGAGUUAGUUUGGGAGGCAGACGUAAGCGAUACAAUUCUUGCCUUACUUUUGCCGGUGGUGCUCAAAAAAUGCUGUGUUGGCUCUUCGGAAGAGGUGGUGCAGCAAUUUUUGAGCACGGUGAAGAACCUCAUUGGCAACGUUGAAAAUCCCGGGUCGCACUUGAAAAACAUAUCCCCCUUAUUCGGCGAGGUAAAUUACCCAUCGUGCAGAAAAAUUCUGACGCAGAUUUUGGAGUUAACAGGCCGAAACGACGCGUUCGGUCUAAUUGACGACUUGAACGCUUGGGAUCGGAAGUGGAUCGAGCAGCCGGACUUCGAGAAGAGACACGACGCCUUCCAGAACAUUCAAAGGCACUGCGAGGGGGAUUUCGACGUAAACUUCGGCGUGCUGCUCAUCUACAAUUGCUUUUACCUGGUUAAAAGCGAAAAGGACUUGUCUUUGAGAGAGAAUUCCUCGCACUUGCUCAAGACUCUAUGCCCGGUUUUCAUACGGAAAUACCAGAACAGCCGCAAGGAAAUCGAGUACAUCCUCAACGAUACUUUGUUCAGCGUUAUCAGGAGGGGUUUCAAAAGCAAACACGACGAUGUAAGGAACCUUAGUAUAUCCUUGCUGGGUCACUUAGCGAGAGAGUGCCCGGAUAGCCACUUCAUUCUGAGAGACCUCAACAAAUACACGAACAAAGUCGAUUUGGAAGUGGAUUUCUUCGAGAACCUUACCCACUUGCAACUGCACCGUCACGCAAGGGCUCUCCUGAAAUUCUGCCAAAUAUCAAAGGACCAAAUUCAAUCCCCAAACCCAAGAACCUUAACGCAGUUCAUUUUACCGCUGGCCACGCACUAUUUGUGCUGCGAGAAAUACGCCAGUAAAAACUCGGUGGUAGACGCAGCCAUAGAAACGGUGGGCGUCGUGUGCAGGAUUUUACCGUGGCAUCAGUACGAAGGACUGUUGAAAUACUACCUCACCAGACUCAGGAGCAAAAUCGAGCACCAAAAGCAACUAGUGAGGUUGACUGUCGCCAUACUGGACGCUUUUCAUUUCGACUUGAGCAAAGGGCAUGUUCUGGCUAAAGUUGAAGAUGUAGUAGAGGAUGUUGAAAAUUUGGACCCUCCUGUAAAAGGCAGCGAGGAAGAAAAGGAGGACGAUGACGAUUUGGACGUUGACGAAGCCCUUGACAAAGAAAUCGACGAAGAAAACGACGAAGAAGAGCCCCAAAUGGAAGAAGUUAAGGCUUUCGAUAAAACCACCUGUUUAUGUAAAUCCACAGCCACCAGAGUCAUAAAAACCAUACAGAUUGUUCUGCUACCACAGCUUCACAAAUCCUUAGCUAUUUUAACCCAACACGACACCUCUCAUAAGGUGAACAGAAAAAGAACUGGUUUUGAACGCGAAGAAGAAGAUUUAUUAAAAGUCCCAAUUUCUUUGGCUGUAGUAAAGUUGCUGCAAAGAUUACCAAAGGCAAUUUUAGACGUAAAUCUUCCUGGUGUUUUCAUGAAGCUUUGCACUUUUCUUAAAUCUCAACUGGAGAGCGUUAGAAGAGUGGCAAGGGAAACUCUACAGAAAAUUAUGUUGGCCCUUGGGCCCAAGUAUCUAGGGAUUUUGCUAUCGGAAAUGUCACCAUUGCUCACCAGGGGUUUUCAUUCUCACGUCUUAGUUUUCACCUCUCACGGUGUUUUGAGCUGUUUGAAAGACUUGUAUGAACCCGGCGAUAUCGAUGUGGUACUUCUAACCGUUAUAGAUUUGUGCAACGCAGAUUUGUUUGGUAAACUAUCAGAAGAAAAAGAGGUAUCGAAAAUAGCAUCGAAAACUUCGGAAGUGAAAUCAACAAAGAGUUUCGAUACCUACCAAAUAGUGGCGCAAUACAUCACGGAAAAGUGCCUCAUGGACUUGUUACUGCCGAUAAAAAGAAUACUAGAAUCGACGCAUUCGUUUAAAACGGUCCACAAAGCCCAGGAAACAUUGCGCUACAUAUCCCAGGGGUUAUUGGAUAACUCCUUUGUAUCUCUACAAUCCCUGCUCAAGUUUGCUUACGGCACAUCCUCGCAGAGUAUUCCUCAAUUACUAACGAAGGAAAAACCUAAAUUGAGUCAGAAAGAGUUGGAGAUAAAAUCGCGGCAAAAAGAGGACUGUCUCAUUCUUCCCAAAAUGCCCAUGGGUAAGACUGCUUUCAGGGAGGGAAAAGUCAAAUCUUCUGCCUCUACAAACGCUCAUUUGCUGAUAGAAUUCGGGCUCAGACUCUGCUUCAUGAUGCUGAAGAGGGAGAAGAUCAAGGACGAGCAGUACAGGCCUUUUGUGGACCCGUUUGUGGCCAUCUUCAAGAAGUGCUUGAAGUCCAAGCACAUCAAGUUGAGCACUUUGACGCUGCAGUGCUUGAGUUGGAUUAUGAAGUACGAGUUGCCUUCCAUGGAACAAAGCAUCAAAAAUAUCACCAAGGAUAUUUUUGGGAUUCUGCAUAAGUACGCUUCUGCAGGGUUAAGUAAGGGGGAUAAUUUCGACUUGGUUAUGGCUGCUUUUAAGGCGAUUGCGGUUCUGGUGAGAGACGUGAAAUACCACACCAUAGAUGCCCACCAGCUGAAAGCUUUGCUCCUCUACGCUGAACAAGACGUCCACGACCACGACCGCCAAGCCACCGCCUUUAACCUCCUUAAAGCCAUAAUCGCGAGGAAAUUAAUCGUGCCCGAGAUAAACGAGGUUAUGGCGAAAGUAGCGGAGCUCAGCGUGACUUCCGAGUUGAGCCACGUGAGGGCGCAGGCCCGCGCGGUCUUUCACCAGUUCCUGAUGGACUACCCCGUGGGCAAGGCGCUGGAGGCCCACCUGGGCUUCUACAUCUCGCAGAUGGGCUUCGAGAUGCAGUACGGGCGCGAGUCGGCCAUAGAAAUGGUGCACAGCCUUGUUAACUCCUUUCCCGACAACGUUCUCAAAGAACACAGCGGCACGCUGUUGGUGACCCUCGGUGCUCGUUUGGUGAACGACGAAGUCCCCGAAUGCAGGAAAAUGAUCGCCAACUGCAUAACGGCAAUGCUGCAAAAAUUACCGAAAGCCGACCGGCAACCGUUAUUCGAAAUUGUCACUUUAUGGUUGAAGGACAAAAACAUAAGUCACCGCCGUCUGGCAGCCCAGCUUUGCGGCUUGUUCGUAACGGUAGAAAAACAGGAGUUCGAAUCCCGUUUACCUUUAAUAAUGCCGCUGAUAAUGAAGCAGUUCGGUAUAGACAACAGCGCAGGUAAGUUCGUGAAACUUAACAAGGUUAAGGAAAGCGAAGACACGGAGGAACGGCAGCGAUCCAAAGACCACCACCUGUACCAGGUUUUCCAGCUGCUACUGAAAAUAUCCGCUUACUGCCCGUUGUUUUUGAAGCGCCAAAAUGAUAUGGAAGAUUUAGCGAUUCACACGCAAAGUUUGUUGGGGUAUCCCCACGACUGGGUGCGCCUGGGGGCGGCCCAAUUUUUGGGUUUUGUUCUAUCGGGCACCGAUGUUGUUCUUCUGGCGGAUUUAAUGGUUAAAAACGAGUCUGCGGAAGUCGGGUAUCUGCGUAAACAUCCGGUUAACUCGGUUAAAUCUCUAGCGUUAGAUUUGUGCGACCAACUAGUGCCGGGUAGCAUAAAAAGCGACUUGGCCGAGCAGGUUAUUAAAAAUUUGGUUUUCGUGGCCAGAGUUUUAGAGAAGGUUCCGUUAAAAGACGAGGGGGAUAAAAAAAUUAACCUUCUAUGGUUAACGAAAAGAAUGCGGAAGAUUGUCAAUGCGGAAGUAGUGGAAGACGCCUCAAGUAUUGUUUUGAGAACGGAAGUGUUUAAAUGGAUUGCCGGUGUUGCAACGGCUUUAGAACUCGAUAGACUCAAACCGAUUCUCCACCACUUAAUGGCGCCUUUAGUCCGGGAAAUGAUCACUGUAGAGGAAAAAAAUUCCCCUCUAAGACAGUUAUCGAAAGAGGUGGCAAACUUGAUCAAAAAACGCAUCGGCAUGGAACAAUACACUAAGACUUUAACCCAACUGCAGCAAUCUCUGUCGGUCAAGAGGGCUGAGAGGAAACGGGUGAGGACUCAGUUGGCCGUGACGGAUCCGGAAAUAUUCGCCAAAAAGAAGAUCAAGCGGCACGAGAAAAAAAAAGAGUUGAAAAAGAGGAAGAUUGCGGAUUUCAAGGGAAAGCCCAGGAAUUUUAAGAAGAGGAAAACAGUCGACCUGCAAGACAAUUCCGAGUGCUUUUAAUGUGUAUAUUUGUAGCCAAGUACAAAGUGAUAAAUUGAUUUUAUUUUAAUUAUUAUUAUUACAAUAAAACAUUUUUUAAAACUAUAAA